ACGUAAACAUCGCGUACACGCGGUUUUUGAAUUUCGUCCACCGCGCGAACCAUGAAAUCGAAAUCGAAACGGAACAAAAAGGUGAGCUCGGAGAAGGUGCUCCAGAAGAAGGUUGGCCAAGGGGUACGGAAACCGAAUCCCUUCGAGACGCACGUGCUAAAGUCCAAGUUUACCGUGCUGAACCGGGACCCGGCGGUGGGCCACUCGAUACGUGACACCGUGAAACCGGGCGCGAUCCGGGCGAGGGCGAUCGAGAAGCGUAAGCAAACACUCGGCAAGGAGUUUGCCACGCUACACAAGGCGAAUCGGUUCGUGGAUGCGCGUAAAGAUGGCAAAAACAAUCGGCCACAGUCCAACGCGUCGCGGCGAAAGGAAAUGUACAACCUGAACCUCACACAUCGUGGUCAAACGUUGGCCGAACUCGAACGGUUCGACGAUCCGGUGGACAACGAUGAUGACGAAGAUGAGGAGGACGGAUUGCUGGAUGAGUCAUUCACCAACGCGGCUCACUUUGGUGGUGGAUCGGACGAAGAGGGUGAGGAUGGUGGUGGCCGGAAGGACCGCAAGACCGUGAUCGAGGAAAUGAUUGCGAACUCCAAGCGCCAAAAGGUGGAGAAACAGCGAGAGAAUGACGAGGUGUACGAGAUGAUGCAGAAGCUGGACAGCAGCUUGAAGGCACUGAUGCCACAGGUUGGCGAGCAUUUGCGCAAGGACAGCGAUAAGCCGAAGCUGGACGACUAUGAUCGUAUGAUGCGCGAAAUGAUCUUCGAACGUCGCGGUGCUCCGGCGGAGAAGCUAAAAUCGGAGGAACAGGCGCGCACGGAAAAGCAAAAGCGUGAAACACUGGAGCGAGAACGAUUGGAACGGAUGAAGAGUGAGGCUGCUGAGGGGAGCAAUACGGCCAAAAACCAUCGGUCAGCUGAUGCACUUGAUGAUGGUGCUUACCUGGCGGAUGACGUGAAUGGUGAUGAAGCGCAGGAUAACGACGAAGAUGAUGAUGGUGCUCUUGAGCCACAGUACGAUGCGAGAAAUCUUUCGAAAGAGGCCACCGACGACGAUGGCGAUGAGGCUGAUGGUGACCAGUCUUCCGAUGAUUCCGAAGAGCAAAAUGAUGGUUCAAGCUCAGAGGAGGAAGACAACCUUUCGGACCUACAAAACGGACAAUCAUCAGAAAGUGAAGAAGAAGAAGAAGAGAAUGUCCCUAUACCGCCUGCUGUACCAUCGGCAAAGAAGCAAGAAAUCACGAAGGAUCGUAAAACGGUACCAGAGCCUGCUAAGAUCAAUUAUGAUAUUCCCGCUUUUCUGGAGUUUCCCAAAGAUUACGAUACGUUCGCCGAGUUGCUCACAAACCGUGACAUUGGCUAUCAGGCUGCACUCGUGGCAAAGUUGGUGGAGAAAUGCAAUCAAAAUCACCCUACCAGUAAGGCUAACCGGAGGUUGCUGUUCGUGUAUCUACUGCAGCUGAUAACGGAUCGUUUCAGUUCGCCAGGAGCCGGAGCGGGUUCAAUUGAGAAUGAUUUCAAAGCUCUGCACUCGUUUACGCCUUUCCUGUACGAUCUGGCACAGAAAGAUCCUCACGAAACUGGGCCACUCUUCGUCGAGGUGAUACAGGAGAAGCAAAGCGAAUACCGGAAGAAUCCGCGUCGAUUUCCGACGCUGUCAACGUUGGCCAUCGUGAAGCUGGUCCCGUUGCUCUACUCCGCGUCCGAUGUUCGCCAUAGCGUCGUUACACCGGUGCUGGUGUUUGUUAGUGAGAUGCUGACCCGCUGUAACGUGCGAACUCGGCGCGAUCUUACGCACGGACUGUUUCUGGUCACGAUCGUGCUCGAGUGUGUUGAGCAAUCGAAGCGCUUUCUUCCCGCGGUCCACUGUUUCCUUACGAACAUUUUGAUACUAGCGUACCCGAAGGAUGCUCAACCGGUGGCAAAGGUCAACAGGUUCAAGCUAGCACCACAUUCGCUUGCGUUGCCAAGCUCGAGUGGAAAUAGUGACCGCAAUGCUGAGAUCAAACUGUUGGCUGACGAUUUUCAACAAACCGAACUGACGGACGAUUACAAAAUCCGAUUGAUGGCCGCUACACUCGGUAUGAUCUCGGCGGUUUGUAAGCAACUGGAUCAGAGUGAAGCGAUUCAAACGAUUGCGGCAGGUUUUAAGCGGCACCUGGAGGUACUCUCGAAAGCGCCUUCUCUCCCAGUCUCCGUUAAGAAAAUUUUAAAAGAGUUGCUAUCUAAACUGACGGAGCAAACGAAACGGCCACUAAAGUAUCUGGUGGCGGCGGAAAAGAAACCGAAACCGUUGCGCAUGCUGGAACCGAAAAUUGAAACCGUCUACGAUGACAUCCGGCGGCGGCCGAAGACUGCGGAAUCUCUGCGUGAACAGCGCAAGAAGAUGCAGCAAAAGAUUAAGCGAGCGUCGCGUAGUGCGGCCAGGGAGAUUCGCCUCGAUAACGAGUACAUUUCGAAGCUGCAGAUGAAGCGCCGUUUGGAGAGCGAUCGCGAGCGUAAGGAGAAGGUGAGACGUAUCUUCAGUGAUGCCACCUCCCAGCAGGGUGAAUUGAAGUCGCUCGAUAGGAAAGCAAAGUAUCGUAAAUAGACGAAGGAGAACGGAAUGGAGCACAAUUUCGUCGUUGUGCGAGUGUAAUAAUACAAACUAUUUAGAUAUAAUUUAAAAAAUAAAAUAAAUGUGUCUACACAUUGCAAUUUUUGUUGCUCAUUGAUGCUAUAAUUGGUUGCUGGUACUUAUUAGGUGGGCAGUUUGAGGGAGAAAUGAUAUGUAAUCACUAAAUUUAUAAUGAUAUCACGAAUGACAACCAAUCAUCACUGUGUAAUUGGUUUUCCACUAAAAUAUGCAACAUUUAGUACAUAGAAUAUAAUAAUGUGAAUUCCUCUACAACACCCAAAGUUCAUGCUGAUGGACCAUUAAGAUUCGUUGAAAAUAAACAAUAGCGAUGUAAAUAGAACAAUAGUAAGGCAAAUUAAGGUCACA